AACGUGAAGUUCGCGUGCAACUCGUGCGCACACGCCGUUCCGAGCGAGGUCUGGAGAUCCGCUGUGAUACAGUGAAUCGUAUUUUCCUCACGGUUACCUCCGGGUUUGGCUCGGGAUCCGUUUGGAGAUGCAGUUCGGACGCGAGCGCAGCUAAAAAGCAGUCGUUCGGUAGGCGGCAUUACGCGCGCGCGUGCGUGCGUGCACCGGAGUCCGUAUGCGCGCGCGCAUUGGCGCCGUAAUGCUGGAGCGCAACGCGUCCCGGGAGCGCAUGGAGCUCGGCUCCAACGCCACGGCUCACAUGGGCACGGAGGCGGGAUUCGGGCCGCCGGUGCUGGUGCUGCUGGCCGCCGUCAUGCUGCUGCUGAUCGGCGUGAUCGUGCUGGGAAACGCGCUCGUGAUUCUCGCCUUCAAAACCGACCGGAGCCUGAGGAGGCAGAGCAACUACUUCCUCCUGAACCUGGCCAUCUCAGACUUCCUCGUGGGGGCCUUUUGUAUUCCUGUGUAUUUGCCCUACAUCUUGACAGGCAAAUGGAUGCUGGGCCGAGGGCUGUGUAAGCUGUGGUUGGUGAUGGACUACCUCCUGUGCACCGCUUCCGUCUUCAACAUCGUCCUCAUCAGCUACGACCGGUUCCUCUCUGUCACCCGAGCGGUGUCAUACCGGGCGAGGCAAGGGAUGACCCGCAGCGCACUCGCCAAGAUGGCCGCCGUGUGGGUUCUGGCUUUCCUUUUGUACGGCCCAGCCAUCUUGCUGUGGGAAGCAGUGACUGGAGAGAGCCAUGUUCCUGAAGACGAGUGUUUUGCUGAGUUCUUCCACACUUGGUACUUCCUGCUUUCUGCCUCCACACUUGAGUUUUUUUUCCCCUUUCUCUCCGUGGCUUUCUUCAACCUCAGCAUAUACCUCAGCAUUCGCGAGAGAAGGCUCCGUUACCAGCAGGACUCAUGCCUGCCCAAGAUUCGUCCCAUGACCUCUCCCAAGCGCGAAAGGCUUCGCUUGGUCUCCAACAUCUGCCGCAGCUCUCUCAUGAAAAAGAAGAAGGCGGAAAAAGAAGGUGAGAACUGUUCGACGCCGGCAGGACGCACCGACACACGGACCCUUCGGAGCACUCAGUGUUCGCGCCUGAUUCAGGACAAGAAGAUCGCAAAGUCGCUAGCUGUGAUCGUGUGCGUGUUUGCUGUGUGCUGGGCGCCGUACACGCUGCUGAUGAUCAUACGCGCUGCCUGCAGGGGGAACUGCGUAUCACACCACUGGUACGAAGUGACGUUCUGGCUGCUGUGGCUCAACUCAGCCAUCAACCCAUUCCUGUACCCUCUCUGCCACAGCAGCUUCCGAAGGGCUUUCACAAAGAUCUUGUGUCCCAAGCAGCGGACCACUGAAGCACCGUCAGAUAAUGCGUCUAACAACUAGAGAUAGUCCAGCUCGCUCCAGUAGUUUUGAAAGGACAAUGCUUUGAUCAUCUUUGGUAACUUCAGACAUCAUAAUAGAUCCUUUCCACUCAGUCAGAACUAAAUACACCACCAUCUAGGUGAGUGGAAUCUGGGCAAAGUUGAUGAAACCUACAUGAGAACCCAAGUUCUUUCUAUAAUGAUACCACCUUUACCUGUUCCUCCUUGUUGCUGCCCUUGAAAACAGAGAACUUAUUUUCACCAAAUACUGUAACUCCUAGAGUCACGGACAGCUGUACACUUUACCUGAAUUAAAACCAUUAAGAGUUUCUGCUGUGAGGGAAUUUACAGCAAUUUUGAACGAAUAUCCGUCAAACAUCUCUUCAGGUUUCAAAAGACUAAUCAUCUGGUAUUUCACUUAUACGCACACUGUAUGUAUAAACAUUACAAAAUUGGAUGACCAAAUAUUCGUCUAUUAGCAUAGCCUUGUUUUAUUUCACAUGGACUGUAGUGACUGAGGUUAAUUUGUAACACUGAUGAUAUUAUUCUGAUCUCACCAGGUCACGUGAUACCAAAUUUCCCAGAAUUUAGUUCUCUACCAUGGAUUGUUUUGACUCUUUACUCGGUAAACCAAUGCCUCAUCAACAUGGCGCUUGUUCUGUUUUCACUCUUUCAAAAAAUAUUAUAUAUAAUUUUAUUAGUACAAUUGUUGAUGUUUUAAAGUAAUAAUUCGGUGGCCUGGAAGUGCAAAACGCAUGAACAAAUCAAAAUGCCACAACAAACACAUUAGCAUUAAUUCAAAACUAAAAUAAAUAUUAAAGUUGCUAUAUAAUAUUAUAUACAUAUUUGGCAAUAUAUCUAAAAAUAGACUCAUUAAAUUUUGACUAGGCAUCAACCAUGAGCAUGUGAUGUUAAAUAAGUUGUUCCUCUUGUUGUGCUUUUAAAUGUUUUUAGGUUUGUUGUUGUGUUGUCUGAUUUUCUGUGUGUUUGGGUUUGUUGGGUUUUUUUAUUAUUGUUUUUAAUUUUCAUUGGCUUAUUUUUGUGUUUUCAGAUUUGCUGCUGCUGUGUGUUUGGGUUGGUUAAGCCUUUGAUUUACUGUUAUGUAUUUCAGUUUUCUGCAGCCAGUUUGUUAUUGCGUUUUUUGGCCUUCAUGCCUCAUUGGCUGUUGCUUUCUGAGUUUUCUGUUGCAUUUUCAGUUCUUUUACGACUUCCAGCUCGUUCUUGUUUGUAUCUUUAUGCGUUCUGACUUGCUGUUGUUGUUUUUUUACCAUGUUUAUGUCUACUGAUUUGUUGUUGUGGUUUCAAGCUUUAUUGUUAUGUCUUCUCGUUUGCUAUUGAUUUAUUUAUUAAUAUUAUUUUGGUUUGUUAAUGUGCAUUUAUGGACCAUUGUAUAAAAGACUAUGUAAAGCAUAAAGCAGGCCCAGUGUAAAACAAUGCAUAAAUUACACACAGACAAAUAUAAAUCCACACGCAUUCAUAUAUAAAUCCAUUCUCUGUAAAGUGCAUUAGAAUGAAAUGUCCUGAAUGUGCUUCUCCAUCGUCUGUGUUUAUAACUCCACCUUGUGGCGCUGUGAUGUUCCUUUACUGUACGGACUCUGCUCAUGCUGUACAUUAGCCUGGAUGUAACUCAGUUAUGCAGUAUUAUUUGUGCAAUCAGUGUACUUAUUGAAUUAUUUGUGCUAUAAAGUCUUGUGCAGUAGUACAUUUCUUUUGUGAAGACUUUUGAAGUUCUUCAGAGCUAUUUAGUUGCAUAGAUAGAAAAUUGGACGACUAGAAAGAUUAUUAAAAAACGAACACCGCAGUUUAAUAAGGAAUUGAGAAUUUCAGCAUGUUUAUGCGGUCUUAUUGUAACCAUAACUUGAAUCUGAUGAUUGUUCAGAGAGCUUGCUGUUCUAUCUGUAGCCCUUUUGCAAUCUUAAUGUCACUCAGUGUUCAUUUACUGUAUUGAAUCAGUAUGAGAGAAUAAUGGCAGGAAGGAAAUAAUGCAAGAGAGGAGGCUAUUCAAUUAUAUGCAUUAAUACUAGUAAUUAGUCAGUAGUCUGCAGUGAAUGCAGACUACACCCCAGGCCUCCUCACCUCACCUACAUCUGUUUCUGACUUUACUAACACCCUUGUAGCAAAAA